AUGACAUCUGUUGCGGCCAACUUCAAAAUAAAGAUAUCAGGUAUCCUGGUGGACCUCAAAGCCAAAGACACUAAGAAGUUGAUGUUCCAAUGCGAUGUGGCAGGACUUAAGAAGUUUCAGUCGCAGGUGGCUGUGGACAGCGUGUCGACAUAUGACUUUAAUGAUCAGUUUGAGAUGAGUUGUUUGGUGGCAGUAGAUCAAUUGGUCAAUAUGAAAUUGAAAUGGAUAUUAUCUGAUAGUUCAAAGAUGUUUGAUAAUAUUGUUGGCAGUGCUACUGUUGAUCUGUUGACUGUGGCCACUGGUCCAAUGCAGCAGACUGUCGUACUGUCACACCAUGGUGACACAGCCAUUGGAUCGAUCACAUUCUGGGUGAUGAUGACUCAAUGUACCGAUGUCAAGGUCACUCUCAAGGAGUUGCACGUCGACUUUAUCGAUCGAGCCGACACCUCCUGCUCAUACUAUAUCUCUGCGCUGGCCAUGGACCAUGAACACGAAUCAAAGGCGACCAAAACAGAAUGUUCCAAACAUACUUCAUUGUCACAUGAGGGUCGACAACUCAAGUGGAAGCGAGUGGAGACAUUGCAGAUUGAUGGUGCUGUGCCUCAUCAAUUGGCCGACACCAACCUGUUCAUCAAAGUUCGUUCGGUUCGCCAUCACAAUCGUGAGAUGACCGUUGCCGAUGCCAAGAUACCUUUGCUGAGCAUCCUCUCCAAGUGCCAGAUCAAGGGUUCCAAGUCGAUCAAGGAUAUGUCGACCGCCAGCAUGUCAUUGUCCUGGACAGUCGAGCUCAAGAAGUGUGGCACGGCAGUUGGCUCACUUACAUUGUCGGUGCAAUUGGAUGGUGUUCCAAUGGUCGUCCAACAGAUCAAGGGCCUGAACAAGGACCCAUCAAACCCCAACCCUUACUCAGGAUAUGGAGAGGUUGGAAGACAAGACAUGUUUGUACCGUCUCGUCCAGACACGCAUGGCGGUGGAAGUGUGAGCAAGGGCAGUAGCGCAGUGCCAAGUCGCGCCACUCCUCAGUGGGGUGGCACAACAGCAACCCUAGCACCAAGACAUGCCAAGCAAGUGUCUGAGGGCAAGCUACUGGCAUUGGUCAAGGCAAGGAAGGAUGUCGAACCAGUGUUUGAUCAGUCCAAGCAAUCUACACUUGAGAAAUCUUUGUUGGCGCCAACAUACUCCCCAUUGCCAAGUCCACGCGGCGGCGUGGUCAGUGGCGGUGCGGGAGUUGGAGCUGGAGUUGCCGCAAUGACUCUGAUCACAGAAGAUGAGGAUCAACCAGCGCCAAGAGUCAUCAGACCAUUGAACAACGUCAAAUCAUUCGCAAUCAUUCGAGCCAUUCUCUGUCUUUACUCAAACAGCACGCCCAAGCCUUCAUCCUCAUCAUCUUCCUCAAACAUGGACGAGCGCACAGUUGGUCCAUUGUUGCGAGAUGCAUUUGGCAUCACACAAGAACAAUACGAUGAGGUCAGCGUCAAGAUACUCGAGUACUCUCCCAAGUUGGUGACAAAGGCUGAGCUGCAACUGAGAUAUGCAUGGCGCGACAACCAUCCUCUCUACCGCUCCGAGGGUUUCCGCGACCCCAACGGCCACGAGAAAUGGAAGAAUGAAGAAUUGAACGAUAUUGCUGCAUUGUUGGCGGACAGCGGCAAGGGUGGCAGUGACACAACAUCCACUGGCAAGAACGGCAAACAGCAACAAUAUCCAGAUCGCGCAUCACCCACGUCCCAGAAGCCAACGGUAAGCGAGAUCUUUGGUGCCACACUCAAGCGCCACACACUCAAUGCUCGAAACAGCGCAGAUACACAAGGCAGCGACAUUCACAAGGGUUACAAGGAGUUGGUCAAGGCAUUCGUCGAGGCAACAAUGGGCGAGACACCAAGUAGCAACAACAACAGGUUCAUGCCAAUGAAGGAGGAUGUGCUGCCCAGCGGCAAGGGUGCAGGCGGCGACGCGUUCAAUAUUCGAAACGAGUUUGGAUGGAUCUUGCGGGAGUACUGCACGCUCUAUGGUAUACGCGAGUUCUACCGACAUCUUGUUGUCUUUAGUCUAUUGUGUCGUCGCUUCGAUGACUCGCUCGCACAGCUAAACGCGCUGUUUAGCACGUUUGGGCGUCUGAUGGAGCUGCGCAAGAGUCAUGCCAAGACCAUCACGAUCAACGAGGAGUCUCGUCUACAUAAGAGUUGUCUGUACCUGGUCGAGCAGCUUCGCCAUCGCAUCGCGCACUACCGUCUGUGCUUCAAGGCCAAGGAGAGUAACGCGAGACUUCACAAACAUGGCGGCUCGUCACUGGCCAUGGUCCUGCGUCUGUUGGAUCGCGUGGUCAAGGGCAUGGACUGGCACGACGUCCAAGUGCACUCGCUGGUGGCGGCCGGCGUCGUGGAGUGCAGCGAGAAGGAGUACAAUGUACAUCGCACCAAGUAUGAGUUCCUGCUACAGCAGCAAGAGGGUCGUGCGCACGACCAGUGUCUUGAGAUAUUCACACUCUCAUUGACAAUGGCCGACAUAUGUCAAUGGCUCAAGGUUGACCAUGCACUAUUCAAUCCGACCAUGAACAGCUAUCUGCGCAGUGGAACUACCCACAUCGAGUUGGUCAUCGAGACCUUUGUCAAACUCGUCCGAGCGGACCUCUCACGAAUAUCCUCCAAGUUCAUGCACGUGGACGUCAAGAAGAACACUGGUAUGCAGACACCACCCUGGCUAACUGGCAUCCUAGUCGAGCUCGUGCCCCACUUAAAUGAGUUCAACAAUCAAUGUCAGCAAUAUGUCAAGAAGAACUUAUUGCCAUUGGAUCAGAACUUAUCAUUCUUCUCGGGCAACUUUGUACUGAAUAGUGUGUGCUUGUUGGAGAGGUAUAUUGAAGCAAUCAUUGCCAAACAACAAUGGACUGCGAAUGGAAACAAUGUCCUACACACAUCUGCACCAAUAGACCUAUUCACCUACAUCUGGCAAUGUUUCAAGUCUAUCCAGGUUGUCGAAGAGAAGCUACACAUGCAAUCAUAUAGGAUGUUGUUGAAGUCAUUUGGAGCACAACUGGACAACACAUUCUACUUGUUCAUCAAGGGACUGCGAGCUGAUAUGAUGUCCAGUCUUUCGCGUGAUCAUCAACAAUUCAUCAUGAGUACAAUAGACAAGGUGUUGAGUGAGCACAAGAAGCCUUCUUCCAUCAUCUCACAUCUGAUCGCCAACAAACCAGUUCUGCCAAAUCAACCAUCAAUACUUAUAACAUCCAAGAUGUGUCUACAACUCAAUGAUAUUGAAGAGGCAAGAGGAUUGUUGGAUGAGUUUGAUGCAGAGAAUGGUGAUAUCUUUGGAAAUUGCUUCAGGGACAUUUACAAAUAUCUCAAGUUCCAGUGGAAGUCAUUGUUGGCAUACUUCUGUUAUAUGAUGGACUACAAACUCAAACCAUUGAUUGUGACAGCAGCCUUUGGAAAAGAUUCCAGCAACAUUGAUCUCCUCCUAGACUUCCUUGAGAGCCACAUCAAAGUCUGUUACAUCACUCUUUAUCCAAGCCUAUUCAAGAAAUUCCUAAAGUAUCUGUUCAAGACCAUUGUAUUGAAUAUAAUGGCAAUCUUGUUGCCAAAGAGUUAUAACAAGAAGGUUUGGAACAUUGGCAUUCUGGAUAACUUGGAUCAACUUGUGGUGGGAUUGAUCCAGCUGUUCAAUGUGAGCAAUGAAGGACUCACAUUGGUGUAUAUCAAGAAGGAAUUGAGAAGGCCUCAAUCAACGAUGGAGUUGUUCUCAUUCUCAGUGGACCAACUAAAGACAUAUUAUAGGAUGUUGGUUGAAUCACACAAGUUGAUGGGUAUACCAUUGGAUAACAACAACAACAAUCGUGAUGGUCUAUCAUCUCCUCAUCAAGAUUGUCUCAAAGUGAUGGAGUACUUCAAAGAUGACAAGGACAUGGAUUCAUUCCUCAAGAAGCAGGCCAAACUACUACUUGUAAAGUAA